UCCACCUUUUUCUUUUGCGUUGGUUGUUUAACCAACUCAACACACAAACACCCCGCCAGACGAACACCACUCGUCUUCGCUUCGUCAGAUAAUCCAAUGACUUCUCCAAUGGUUGCGGAAGCCAUCACCGUCACAGCUCUGCGGUCGGUUAUGCUCCGCGUCCAACAAGCCGCCGAAAGAUCCGGAACCAAACCCGAUCGAGUCCGACUCGUAGCAGUAUCCAAAACCAAACCCAUUUCCAUGAUUCGCCAACUCUACGACGCUGGUCACCGUUGCUUCGGCGAAAACUACGUCCAAGAAAUCAUUGAAAAAGCUCCUCAGCUUCCACAAGACAUUCAGUGGCACUUCAUUGGCCAUUUGCAAAGCAAUAAAGCCAAAGCACUCUUGAGUGGAGUUCCAAAUUUGGCCAUGGUUGAGGGCGUGGACAAUCAGAAGGUGGCAAAUAAUCUCGAUCGUAUGGUUUCAACCCUUGGAAGAAAUCCUCUGAGAGUUCUGGUGCAAGUAAAUACCAGUGGAGAAGAAUCCAAGUCCGGUGUUGAUCCUUCUAGUUGUGUUGAUCUUGCAAAACAUGUGAAAUUGAGCUGCCCAAACUUAGAAUUCUCUGGCUUAAUGACAAUAGGAAUGCCAGAUUAUACCUCAACUCCGCAGAACUUUCAGACUCUAUCAAAUUGCAGGACUGAAGUUUGCAAGGCACUUGAAAUGGAUGAGGAGCAAUGUGAACUGUCCAUGGGCAUGUCCGGUGAUUUUGAGUUAGCGAUCGAAUCGGGUAGUACUAAUGUGAGAGUUGGAUCAACAAUAUUUGGACCAAGAGAGUAUGCAAAAAAACAAUGAUUGCAGAAAGAUACAAUCUCUCUCUUCCUCUGUCUAAAACAGACAUGCUUACAUUAAGACAAAUCUCACGAAUGCAUGCUGAUUCAAGCUAGUUAGAGAGAGGGAGAGAGAAGCAAAUAUACUAUGGUAUAUAGUUGCAGCAUAUAAUACUCGAAUAAACUAUUGUAACCUAAUGUUUGAAUAAUAUUUAUCUAUAAAUUUUAUUAUUUGCACCGUGAUUA